AUGCAAAAUUGUCCACCGGGAUGUUUUGCAAGUUGUUAUGCAAGUUCUCAAUGUCAGCAAGUUGCACCUCGAAUGAUUUGCAUUCAUGCAUGUUGCUGUCCAGCUACAAUGCCAAACAAUAAUAUUCCAGCAGUCAUCAAUCCUGGAAGCAUUAAUAUUAUCCCAAUUCCAGUACCAAUUACACCAAGUCAAUCGAAUAUUUUCAGUCUUUCAACAGCAUGUGAUGGAGGACCAGCCGUAGCAGCAUGUAUCAAUGGACUUUGUGGACAAGGCUUCUUCUGUAACAGUCGAGGUUUUUGCUGUCGUUGUGCUUCCGGAAAUUCUACCGGUCCAUGUAUCAAUAACUUAUGUCCAGCUGGCUACUCAUGCAAUGUCAAUAAUUAUUGUUGUCCACUUGGUUCCGGUGCUGUACUUGGUCCUUGCAUCAAUAAUCAAUGUCCGGCAGGUUAUACCUGUGGUGCAGGUAAUUUAUGCUACUCAGUUGUAAGAAGUGGCUUAAAAAAACGAAAAUAA